CUUGUCACGGUACAUUACUCAGAAAUGGCGAUAAGAGUGACUCUGGCGGUGCUUCUUUUGCUUUUGUCCAUUGCUAUGGUUUCUUGUGAUCCCCAGAAUGAUGGAGAAAUGAUCCAUGUCAGCCAGGCAUUACAUGUGUUCACUAGAGGAGAAGAAAGAGGGCUAAUGCACGACAUAGUGGUUCGGAUCUCGAAAUAUUUCAGUAAAGGGCGGCUUCUUCUGGCUCUUGCUCCAGCUCCUUCGCCACAACCGAGCCACAUCAACUGCAAAGGAUUGUGCAACCAUAGAUGCAGUCUGCAUUCAAGGCCAAAAAUAUGUCUUCGAGCCUGUGGGACGUGCUGUGUGAGGUGCAAAUGUGUGCCACCGGGGACCUUUGGCAAUCGAGAGCUUUGUGGCAAGUGUUACACUGAUAUGACCACCCAUGGGAACAAGACUAAGUGCCCUUAGGCCUAUCGACCAUGAUGUUACCCGGGCGCGCUUGUUUUACAAGGUGUUUGUCUCGUCGGGUUGUAGAUUGUUCGUAGCUUGAGAUCUGGGUUCGAGAAUUUGGUCAUUUGGGAUGUAUGUUUUCAGUUUUGGAGUUCAUGUUGCGUAGAUCAAGUUCGCUAGACAAAGAUAUAUGACAUGUUUGUUCAUUUAUUAUCUUGUUUAAUCGAGUCCAAUAUGGUGUACUGGAUAUGUCCUAAUGUUCGGUUGAAGCUUUAAUGUUUUGUUUGUCAUAAUGUAAUUAUAAAUAAUGAUAUUAUACAUUAAGCUC